AAGCCAUUGUUCAAAACAGAAUUUAAAUUAGUGACAGCUGCAAAGCAGGUUGUUUCGUCAGUAGCGUCAAGUUACAGAAACGAAAGUAAAAGUUGUUCAGUUUUAAUUCUGUAUGGCGCAGAGAAAGAAACCACCACUAACAUUAUGAGUUUAAACCUCAUUAUUAUUCUCAGUUUAUUUCUCUGUGCAGUUGUUCCAGGACUCCGGACUACUGAGCAGCUGUCAUGGUUACCAUGUCGGCUGGUGGAUGAGCAUGUCAAUUUGAAUUCUGAGGGAUAUGCUGAAACUCAGUAUGAACACAGAGAUGCUUUGCUGCAGUUUGGCCACCAAGGGGACGCCGCCUUAAACCCCAAUACCAUCACCUUCCUUAACACAGGCUCUAAGGUGGACAUGAGGAAGUACACUGAAGGAGCCGUAGCGGACCAGCUGCAGUGUGAGAUCCGCAGGUACAGCACGGAGGGCAUCCAAAUGCGUUGGCCCGGCUUAGGAGCUCAGGAGCAAGACAUCUGGUUCACCUGCACCUUGCGCCACGAAGACGGCCUCUUUGUCAUCACCAGCUUCCUCCGGCACGCCCCGGCUACGCCCACACCGGGCCAGGCGAACUUCCGUCGCUGGGCGCCCAUUGCCGACACGGAGACUCUGACCACGUCAACUGUGAUGUUAGUCCUCACCCGCUCUCCCUCUGUGCGGGCGGGCCUGCUGAGUCACCAGAGCCUGCACUGUCAGUUCGCCGUGGACCACAAAGCACCUAAUCUGACCGUGGAAUGGCGCCUUCAGCAGCGCAGCGAGCGCAUCACCCUCUUCCGCCACGCCAGCCGCUCAGGCCAGACAGAGGGCAGCGGGGUGGCAUUGAAGGGUCUGAAGGGCAGCGAAGGCGACGUCUCCCUGACCCUCCCCGCUACCAAGACGACCAGCGAGGGGACGUACGUCUGCUCUGUCUCGGUGCCGCCCCUGUUUGGCAGCCAUGACAUCUCCCUGCACAUCAUGGAGCCCCCUCGCGUGUCCCUGAACACAGACCCCACUGUCUCCCUGGUGGACGGCGGGGAGCAGAAGGUGGUCUGUCAGGCGGAAGGCUACUACCCCCUGGACGUGGACAUCGAGUGGUUCAGGGAGCCCAGCGACGGAGGCCUGCUCCCGGAGAAGCUGGACACCGUCUUGUACUCGAGCCACCGUCACCACCGAGACGGCACAUACUCCCUGUCGGCGUUCUUCCUGCUCCACGCCACUCUGCAGGACUCGGGCUACAAGUACUUCUGCAGGGUGUCUCAUAGCUCCCUCCGUAUGCCCAUCCGAAAGAGCUUCAUCCUCACUGUCACAGAGUUUGGCAGUUGGGACUCUAUGCUGUGGUUGGUCUUGGUCUCCGGGUUUGUCCUGGUCAUGGUGGCCAUUUUGUAUGUGAUGUUGCCCCGUCUGACCUUAGGGAAUGUUAUGUGGUCUGCUUGCAAGGACAACCUUUCAACUUUGAAUAUUUUUUUUCUUUCGCAGCAAGACGAGCAAACCUGAAGCCGUACUGAGAGAACAUGCAGUUACAGCUGGUCUCCCUGAAUGCAGACCGUCCAGUCCAGAGGACCCAGAUCUCAGCACCUGAAGACUGCACAUUUUCAUUCUAGCCUCUAAACAGGGAACGAUUUAGACCUGGAACACCAGUUAAAGGGAUAGUUCGUCCAAAAAUCAUAUUUCGGUGAUAGUCCCCUUACUCCCAGUUGGUCCUUCAGGCACAUAGAAAAUUAUUUUUAAAACAAUCUAUUAUUCAGCUUUGUCACAGUCAGUAUAGCGUUAUUAGCAUUGUACAAAUUCAUGAAUGGAACCCAUACAUACCCCUAUCACAAAGCUGCAUUGCAAGCGGAAAACUACUCUAAAACACUAAGACAAGUGGUGUUGUUUACCUCAGAGAACAUGAAGAUGUUGUAUUACUCUAAAUAAAGUUAAAAAAAAUUGCGAUAUUAUUCUCAUUUCAUAUUAACAGGCACUUCCUGUGUUUACCGGUCAGUUUUGUUCACAAUUGUAUGAAUCCACAUGUUCGUUCGUAAAGAGUAAGUGUAUACCCUAUUAGGGUUUUAAUUGUACCUAGAAUUUCACCUAAUCAUAAUUACAUAUUAAGAAUGAAGAAAUAUAUUAAGCAAAAAUGUAGCAAAGUAUAAACUAGUAGCAAUUUUAAAAUCUAGACAAAGCAACCUAUCCAUGGCUUGUUGAGGUUUAUGUUCACACUCACCUCAAUGACAUCACUGCAGAAGAACAGAAGCUGUGUAUGUGGCUAUAGGUUCGCCCAUGCCAGUUUGAAUUCAGCCAAGCUGAAAAAAACCUGUGCUACUACGACAGAUUAUUGAAUGUAGUUUGAAGUGUUUUGGAGUUGUUUUCUGCUUGCAAAAUAGCUUUGCGAUAGCGGUACGAUGAAUUUGGACGAUUAAUUUAGACGAUGCUAGUAACGCUAAUUACAGACUGGGCCGGAGCUGAAUAAUGGAUUGUUUAAAAAAAUUACAAUGGGCCUCCUGGAACAUGACUUCGUAAGUGAAAUUUCUGAAAACUAUACAUUUUGGACGAACUAUCCCUUUAAUGAAAUUAACCAGCAGACAUGGUAGAAGACGAUCAGUAGUGUGCAUCCCCUCUUUCUAAAAUAACUUCUCUAUUGGGUGAUUUCAGUUUGGGGAAACUGAGUAAUAUGUGUUUAUCAGGUGCUUAUAUGUCUAUCAGGUACGUAUAGGGAUGACAUUUCUCCUUAUUAUCUUUUUGUAAAAACACAGUAAAUGCACACAGAGAAUUUAUGUUGAGGUUUUAACUCACUUUGUGUCUGCACCACUAGAUGGCAGUACUGCUCUGUGACAGUACAGCUCUGAUGCCGUACUAUGCAAUACUUGAGAUGGUUUAAUUACUUGAUUUUAGAAUACGUGUGAUUAGUCAUGUACACUAGGGAAUUAAUUUGAGGUUGUGUGAAUGUGUGAAUAUAAAAAAAUGAUACAG